AUGGGCACUUCUGACGGACUCAUACAACGAAUACGACGUUUCAUGACUAAGAGCGAAUACGAUACUCAAGCUACUGGUAAAUAUUGUAAGUUCUUGGUGUUUUACAUUUGACAAUUAUACAGAACGUUACGCAUGGGUUUUACUGAAUACCUAGUUCAAGGUUUUAUUACGACGGGAUAUCAGUUCUAUAAAUUAUAUUUUUAAAAUAAAAAUACGAUUCCAAUAGUAUAUUUCAUAAUAUUUUAGCUUCCGAACACAGAAACCGGCUUCGGAUUCGGCCGAAAAAGGUGGAGCGUCUGAAUCCGAAGUUUUCUGUCGUGUACGAUGAGCCGAGUACGUCUACAGAAAUUCCGUCAUCUACUUUGCACAACGACUUAACAGCUUGCCCAGAACCUUUUAAUCUACAUUAUUGUUACAAUCAAGGAGAAUGCGUGACAUCUCAUCACUUUAGGUAGGUUAUCUGCAAAUAUACUUGACUACUUUUGGUUUUAUCAUUAGUUUAUUAGGGUUAUUGUGGAAAUAAUCAUUUGUUUAUGGAUAAAUUUACGUUUAUUUUGAGUUUUUAGCUUCAAUGUCGCUGUUAGUCUUGGUUAGUUAAUAGAUGUACUAAAUUUGUAUACUAAAUAGUCGAUAAUGAUAAAGUGCAAGAUUGUUAAGCUUUAAUUACUCCAAAGGAUUUAUUUGAACUUUUGUUUUGAGAAAGUGAGAAGCCGGCGUCGUUCUUUGAGAUUUUUGGUCUGUCUACAACAAUGUCGUCUUUGUUCUACAGACGGCACUUGUCUGUAUUCGUUUAAUGCUUUCUUAAAAGGUUUUUUCGUUGAUAAGCAAGAGGAAAUAAUCAGAAGGAGUAUAAAAAUCAUUUUUGGGCAUAAAUAAGUUUUUUACGUAUUUUUUGACCAGUUACCGAGUUUUAUAUAUUACAAUUUUACAGUAUGCAUUAACUAUGUAGGGUCUGUUAUGUCAUUCUUACUAGUUUAAGUUAUUAUAUGUUGUUUUAGAUCCUUGAACAGCGUGGACGAUAUGUUUUGUCAGUGUAAGAAUGGCUACCACGGUGAGCGAUGUGAGUACUCGUUUAAUGGUGAUGUCUAUGGUCACGACCUCUUCCCUCCCGGCCCCAAACACCUACAGUACGAGUACGAAACAGAGCUACAGAACAACCGAGUGACAGCACCGUUCUCACUGGUCUCGAGUGCGGCGGCGUCACCGUUCCUGGUAAUCACGGUGCUACUGAUUGUUAUGAUGCUCAUCGUGCUCGUUGUGAUUUCAGUUGUUUGUUGUAGAAGGUAGGUCAUUUUUAGUUUUUAUAGUUAGUUACAGUAAGCAUUUAACAGUUUUUGUUGGUUUUUCGACAUUUAGUUGCCUUUCCUAUUUCAAUAUUACCUAAACUUUCGAAAAGAUCAUGUUUAUAUGUUUAUGCGGAUUAUGAGUGACGUUAUGUUGUCAGCGCAAACCGCCACUUUCUAAAGACAUGUCAUUCGGAUGUUUUAUAUCGACAUCUGUCCCGUUUAUUACCUAAAAUACAAAAGAAUAAUUUCAGAAAACCCGAAAGUCGGAGCUCCGAAAUGUUUUCGAAGGAAAGCGACGAAAAUACAGUAUCCGACGGUCUUUCCACAAUAUCUUAUAGUAAUCCCCCUUUCGUGCAGCCAUCUGAUGAGUAUCGGAUAUACAGGAGUACGGUAGAGUCGGAUACGGUAACAUCGGACAGUGAUUUCACUCCUACAAGUUCUCCCAUCAAACCACUGGUACGAUGA